AUGCUUCUGGUCAAUCCAUUCACACAAGACCCAGUGACUCAUCCCUCAAUCACAUGGGCUCCAAUAUUCGAAGCAUCAACGCAAGUGUUCAGGAUUAGGCCACAUUUGACAGAUGCCAAUUCUGUUUUGGUCAUUGGUCUCAAUGGUCAUAUAAAUGCCCACAAUUUGGAGUCCGGUGCCUAUCAGCCGUAUGUGGCAACAGGAGGACAGCCCACUGACAUAAUAGCUACAGGUGCAGAGUCCAACAUUUUAAUCACCGAUAUAGCAUGGAAUAACGUUCUCUCCCUGCGCAACGGUCAGGUCUCUGGCAUACUCGGGAACGAGAGUGGCAUCCUCAGUCCUGUAUCUCUCUGCUAUCUAGGCGGGACUGUGUACAUUGCCGAUCAGACAGGCCUCUUCUCCUUCAGUACAGAGGGGAUUGUACAAAGACAUGUAGAUCAAUUGGGAAUAGUAGCUCUUGCAGUGGUGCACGACUGUAUCAUCUUAGCAAUAAACGGAGAGAACUGUCUUAAGGCACUACGUCCUGGGUUCCAUCCAACCAUCUAUGCCUCUGGCUUCUUUGGCGCGUUUCGGUUAAUAGAUAUGUGUGUUGGGCCCGAUAACUCUGUGCUCGUCGUUACGGAAUCCAUCGCAACGCGGGUGAGCGAGGCAGAGGCAGACGCGAUGCCUCAGAAUGGGUUUCUCUUUGUUGUCAGCUGUUACGGCGUCCCUAGCGCGUGUAUUCCGCUUCCUGGCACCCCGACCAGUGUAUGCUUUAUCAAUGGCCGUAUCCUUCUUAGUGUACAAGAGUCUAAGGAUGUAUAUGCCGUGCCCAUUAGCGCCUUUCUAUAA